AUGACGCCACAGCACUCCCCCGCGAGCGGAUCAUCAGCUAGCCAAGCAUCAACAGCGAAGCACAUCGAACAGCCAUAUAGGCCGACCAAGACUGUGUUGGUGCUCGGCGCUUCUUAUGCUGGUCACCGAGCGGCGCAAGUCCUCUUGGAUGCGCUGCCUGAGGAUUGGAGAGUGGUGGUGUUGGAUCGCAAUACGCACUUCAACCACUUGUACGCCUUUCCCCGCGUCGCUGUGGUCAAGGGUCACGAGGAGAAGGUCUUCAUCCCUUACACCAACAUCUUUGCACCCGGUGGCAAGAAGCGCGAAGGAGGCGCGCAUGUCUUGCUCCAUGGUUGCCUCAUUUCGCUCUCCCCAAGCGAGCCGUCCGCCAAGUCUACACGUCCACGCUACGGUCGAGGCGUAGCCAAGUAUCUGCCUUUGAACGGUGGAGCUACAUGCUGUCGAGCACCCAACGCCAAUGCCGAGAUGAUGGAUUUGCGAUUCGAUUAUCUGGUCUACGCUCUCGGUUCUCACUUGCCACCCUGCAUCAACGUAUGGUCAGGUCCUGGACCCAUGCCUUCAUCUCAGAGCGGUACGCAGCUCAUGCAACCAGGAAGAUGUUGCAGGGAACAACCUCCAGCGGACGGCAAACCGCUCUCUUUGCCCAUCAAGACGCGCAAAGCUCAGGCCUCUUUGCCUCCCACGCCUACCGCCUCUCCUCCCGAGGCAGACGAGACGACACCUCAAGGAAAUGCCAGUGUGGCGGAUGUGGUGACGCAAUUGGACGAAGGUCUCAAAUUGGAGGACAAGGAAGACGUCGCUUCGCCGUCGAUCAACGGCAGCGCAUCGCCCUACCGACCACCUUCGCCGCCCGAUUCCCGAGGCGCUUCACCGACAGGUUGCGCUCCUUCCAAGCCUUCCGCCGUCCUGGGCGACCACUCUGGAGAAUCCCCGCGGGCGCCGUGCAGAGGAAGCAAGCGGGAAGGUGUGGCGUGGUUGAGGGAUGCGCAGGAAAGGAUCAAGUCUACGGAUAGCGUGCUGGUCAUUGGCGGCGGAGCUCUCGGUGUUCAGUUCGCCUCCGACAUUGCAUGCCUGUACGGCACACCUACCCAACCUCGCAGCUCGACACCGAAGCGCGUCACUCUGCUCUCCUCCUCCAAGCAGCUAUUGCCUCGUUUCAACAGCUGGAUGCACGAAGAGGCGUGCAGACGUUUGGAAGAGAUGGGCGUCGAAGUCUUGUUGGGCGCCAGAGCUGACUUGGAAAGCUUGACGGUGAAAGAGGAUGGGACACGGGUGAUCAAGACGCUGGAUGGAAGAGAGGCCGCUGCUGAUCUGGUCCUCUUUUGCACCGGUCAAAGACCCAACACUUCUUUCCUUGCGGAUCUGGCCAAUCGCAUGGGUCUGCCCGCGGUGCUUUCGGAAAAGACGAGCAUGGCCAAUGUGAAUAGGUACAUGCAGAUUGGUCAUCGGCAGCGAGAUCAGCAGAUGGGGGAUGAACCUCAAGCUGUCGAGGGACUGCAACACAUCUUUGUCAUUGGAGAUGCUGCGGAUGCGUUUGGCGCACUCAAUGCUGGUCAUACGGCCUGGUAUCAAGCCGAAGUAGCCUCUCGCAACAUUUGCAAGAUGAUUGAGCAUUCUUCCUCCUCCUCCUCCCUGCACGCUGCUAGAGAUCAAGAUCCGACACUGCAGCUGGGGCCAGAGUUGGAAUUGGAGAGGUACAAUCCACCAGACUUCAACAUCAAGGUAUCUUUGGGCAGAAAUUGCGCCAUCUUUCAGAGAGCGGGCACGAAUGGUUUGGUAGAGCCUCACGAAUGCACCGAGGACUUGGGAACGCCAAACAUGUGGAAGAGGAGAGGAUUGAGUCAGGAUGACAUGUCCAUCUGA